AUUUAUGUACAUAUGUAUAGCUUACAAUUGUUUUUUUUUUUUUGCCACAAUGCAACCGUGUCACGCCUAGUCCGCCCCGAUCAGCCAGCACGCCGCAGUCAGCCCAGCCACCGUCCAGGCAACAGGUUGUAAGCCAGCCAGCCAGCCCCCCAUAUCGAUCUCCCAUUCCGGAUCAGCCAUCAAGCAGAGGCGAGGCGCCAUAACAAACAUAAUCGUCCGCCCCUCUCCCCCCUCAGGAGGAAGAUGCAUCUGCGACGCAAUGGACAGUCGCUGCCCUCGGUCGAGCCAGAGAAUGUGAAGGGGCAAUGCAGUGGCAGUGAAACAGCAGCCCCCGGCGCCGCCGCCUGCAGCCAGGAUGAUGGGACCGAUGCAAAAGCGCCGGUCAGGCCGCGUCACGGUUGCUACUUUUCGCUGGCCUUCUCCAUUGGAUCGAUGGGUCUGGCGUGCGGCAGCCUCUGGCAGAUACCGAACACCACCGACAGGAUCACUCUGCAGCGGGGACUCUUUCUGACGUCCCUGGGAUUCAUUUACUUUGUAUCGCUGACGGAUUUCUGCAAUAAGUAUCUGCUGGAGACGCGGCGCGGUCAGGAGUUUCGGCGCAAGUAUCGCCUCAUGAUGUCCGAUGUCCUGGAAAUUACCAACAAAAUCGUUUCGGCCAUUCAGGCAUCGUUCUCCUUUCUGGUGGGCCUCAUCGUUUGCAAAUCCACGUGCACAAAAUCAUUUGUCUACGCCUCGCACUUCCUGAUGGAGGCCUACGGCUGGUUCGGCACCGCAUACUUUAUGUACGACAUUUGGUCCAUGUAUAAGGUGCACACCCAGAAGAUAGCCGACAAGCUGCAUUUGUUGCGCCUGACCAAGGGCCAGGAACAGGGCCAGGGACAGGGACAGGGACAUGCAUCAUUGUUGGUCAAUGGUCAUGUGAGGAGCCACUGUGAGGCGACCAAUGGCAGGGGCAGGGAGGCAACUGGCGCGGGCGGCAACAACAAUGGCAGCACUCCGGGCACUCCGCGUGAGAUCUGUGACUAUGAUGGCGCCUGUGUGCAGAUACCCAAGGACGGGCGCUGGGACUUCCUCAAGUAUGUGCUAACGCAUCCGGUCAUGAUGAUCCAUCACGUAUUUAUCGGCACCUUUGGCCUGCUGGUGGUCACGUACAUUCGUGGUGGCGGCCAUUGCAUCUACAGCUACAUGUUCAUGAUGGAGUUCUCCACGCCGUUUGUGUCGCUGAGGAGCAUCCUGAGCACGAUGCGGCUUAAGGAAUCGCGCGUGUAUAUCGCCAACGGUCUGCUCAUGCUGGCCACCUUCUUUGUGUGCCGCGUCUGCAUGUGGCCGUAUGUGAUGUGGCGCUACAGCCUGGCCAUUGAGGCGGCCACCCUAUGGUCGGCCAUGAGCGGCCUGCCACGGGGCUGUCUGGUCAGCAUUGCCAUACUCUUCUUGCCGCAGCUCUAUUGGUUCUAUCUGAUGGUAUUGGGCGCUCUCAAGGUUUUUCUGCCGAAACGGAGGCCGCCGGCGACACUAAAGAAUGGACAACCACCGGAUGCGACAGCCACUCCCAUAAGUCCCACAAGGCCCACUACGCCCACCACACCCACCACCGCCAUAAUAAAUGGCAAGAACUAGUGCAAAAUCGAUGAUUAGUUUUUGUUUUGUUUUGUUAAGCUAAGCGAAUGGAAAGCUCUAGCUAUUUAUGUAUUUAUAUUGAGGCGCAGCUAUGUAUGUCCCCUACAGCUGUUACUUAUACAAGUUUAUACAAGUGCCCUCCUGCACCACCACACCCCAGCAGCCAGGUAUAAUGCCACUGCUAUAAACCAACAUAUAACCGAAUAACCAACGAAUUAAAUACGGACACGGAUAUACCGAAGAUACGGACAACAGACAACAGGACACACAGAGGAGGAGGUACCCGAGCCCCGGGCGUGCGUAGACAGAUAUUUAGUUUUUAAACAAAAGACAUUAUGUACUAAAAACAAAAAAACAAAACGGAUAAACGAAAAGAUCAAAGUUA